AGAACUUUGUUUUGUUACUGAAAAUGAGAUGUGUACUUUUUAUCGCAGGGUCCACAGGGAGUUGCAGGAGCAAUGGGUUUCAAUGGCCCCAAAGGAGUAGAGGGUAAUCCUGGAAGAGAAGGAAAUCGGGGAUUACCUGGAGACAUGGGAAACAAGGGUGAACGAGGUGCCACAGGUGAACCUGGAAAACCAGGCGCCCCAGGACUUGCGGGUAGACAAGGUGACAGAGGAGAUAUGGGAAUGCAAGGAAGCCAAGGAGCUGCGGGACCCCCUGGAAACCAAGGACCCCCUGGUGCACCUGGCAGAGUAGGAAAUCCCGGAUUUCCUGGAACACGAGGCAAAGAUGGUACACCUGGAUUACGGGGUGAACGUGGGCCCGGAGGAGAGCAAGGCCCGACUGGCGCACCGGGUCCUGUGGGCCGUGAAGGCGAGAGUGGCUUACCUGGAGUUGACGGAUUAGCGGUUGGUUUCGCUCAUACUUGUUUAGGCAUAACACAAAAAGGAGACAUGUGGUCUCUGAAGAACUUGUACUUGACUUAGCUUAUGCAAAGAAAG